AACCCCCCGGUAACUUUGUAGUUUGUGCUCCUCACCUGCCCCCCUCCAAAAAACCUCCUCUCUCUCUCUCUCUCUCUCUCUGUGUCUUUUUUUUUCCUUUUUUCUUUUGGUAAACUCUUCGGCUUUUUUUCGCAGCACCUGAUAUCAUUAUUCCUGGAGAGAGAGAGACACACACACACACACACACCCCAAGAAUAUAAUCUGAUUUCUUCCAACUUUUUGCCCUUAAUUAGGAGUACAUAAAUAUUCCUCCACCCAGAUUUUUCCUCCGUUUCAGUUUCUCGUUGAUUUGAUUAAUACAGACGGACUUGAGAGAGAUUGCUUUCCCAUUUCAUAAUAUCCCAACAUAACUGCGUUUUAUUUUUUAUUUUUUAUAUAUACAUAUAUAUCGAAUUUGGAAAAAAAUUCAGAACUAGAUUGUGCUGUUCAUGAGAAUCUGAUCGUAUUUUACGAUCAUAUCACAAAAGUCUUAUUGUCUGUUACGUAAUCCAUUACCUCAUCGAAAAAAAAUUCCUGAGUCAAAACCGGUAGGAACUCCCCCUAAAGCUCUGUUCCUCGAUCGUUCAACAUCAAGACCGAUCAUUCACGAGAGAAAAUCCAAAAUCCAGUUUCUGGGUAUUGAAAAAAACCUCGAUUUUUCGAUCUGGGUUCGUCCCGGUUACGGCUAAAAGUCCAGUCUCCGAUCAUGGGUCUGAAACCAGGAGCCCUGGAUGACUGGAGGGAUUAUUUCAGGACGUCAAGUUCUGAUAUUUUCGAUAUAAUCGAGCAUGCGAUUAUGGUCGCGGCCUCAGAUUGCCCGCAGGAGUUUAGAAUCAGGAGGGAUCGAAUUGCUGAGAAACUUUUUUCAUGUAAAUUGGCUAAGUGUGUUGUGUGUGACAACGUGGAGCUGUCGGUUCCGGCCGGGGGCGACGGUGGUGGUGAGGAGGGAGGAGGGUGUUGUAAGAUUGUGAAAUUUGAGGAGGUUGGUGGUGGUGGGAGUAAGGGGAGCAAGGUGAAUAGUUGUAGAGAUGAUCAGGUGGUGGAGAUGAAUGUGAUGAUGAACCAACUGAGCAAUUACAGUUUCGGAGAGGCUGAGGCAUUGACUGAUGAGAUUGAGGAAGAGAGCCAGAUUGUUGGGGAGGUUUUGAGGAUCAAAGAGAUUCUUGAUAAUUGUCAAGAUGAGUCUGAUUCUGUACUGUUUGAGUCACUGAGGAGGCUUCAAUUGAUGGUUCUGUCUGUCGAUUCACUGAAAGCCACCGAAAUUGGAAAGUCUGUCAAUGCUCUUCGAAAGCACAGUUCAAAGGAGAUCCGUCAUCUUGCACGGACGCUCAUCGAAUUUUGGAAAGACAUGGUAGAUGAGUGGGUCAAUGCUACAGCAGCUAUUGGAGGUACAGAAGGUACUCCGGAGUCUGUAAACCCAUCUGUUGUGGAUGACGAAGAAGGCCUCCCUUCUCCUCCAUUGGAUGAAGGAGUUUUCUUUGCUACCAACACUACAAUGGAGUUGUCCCAGUUCUUUGACGGGAUGGAUGAUGAUGGAAAUCCUCGGAACAGUGGGGAAUUCAACAAGAACCGUGAAAAUGGCAGGAAACCUCCAAGGGAGGACCGAAAUAUUCCCAAACAGAAGCCUCGCGAGACUCAUGCACCUGUCAUUGACAAAAAGGGUGAUGAAAUGAGACCUGCAUUGAAGAAACAAGGCGCUGUCGCAAAACCCAGUAAGCCCUCAUCAAACACUGAAUCUGGGCCUGGGAGACCGACAAAAGCUGUACAUGUGGAGCGAAAGGUUAGCAAUGGGACAAAAUUCCAGGAAAAAUCAGACAAGGCUACAAUAAUCCAAAAGCCACUGGCUGUUCAACAAGAUAAGUGUUUGGACGACACUGCAAGACUUGAAGCUGCAAAGAGGAGGCUCCAUGAGCGAUACCAACAAGCCGAGAAUGCCAAGAGGCAAAGAACAAUCCAGGUUAUGGAAUUGCAUGAUCUCCCCAAGCAGGGGCUUGGUAGCCAUAGAAAUGCAAACAUGAGACCUGGGAAUCACAACAGGCAUUGGGCAAGCGGUCGACGUUAGUUUUGUCCACUUUCGGGAACUCAUCUGCUCUUUGACUUUCUCAAGUUUCUUCCAUUUUGGAAAAUCCAGAAAGUGGAAUAACCCGAAUAAAAAGUCGCUGGCUUACGAUUGGCUGCACGACUUCAGCAUUGCUGAUGAUUGAGAACUUUGUCCGCGGAGAUUGCCAGAGAUGGACGAAUUUGGUAACUUUUCUUCUAAAUUGAGUCCAGUUUGAGGUAUAGACUUUCUUUUUGUUUUUCCAUUCGACUGGGAAACUGGUAUAUAGGUUAUGUGGUCUACAUCCUUGGUUUUGUUGGAGGAACCUGAUUUUCCCAGUCCCAUAUGUUGAGUUCUCUCCUCCAGAACAAGACUGGAUCAGAUUUAUAUAUCUGCACAGAAUAAGUGCAUUUUGUUAGAUUAUAUCAACUGUAUAAAUUGACUUCAAUGUUAGAAGAAGUAAUAUUCACUUGUAGCA